AAUGGACGGAGUGUAGUGGCUGUGCUGAUUGUUAAAAUUUUGAGAGUUUUUCAUUUUAAGCUUUGAAUCUCAAUAAGACAUUACAUUGAUUGUAACUUUUUUUCCUCUAUCGAACUUUUAAGAUUUUGAUCGUUUGUUAUUGAAACUUUUGAUCAGUUUAUCUUUUGGGAAUAUGGUAUCCAUUUUGUGAUCAAUCGUGUUGUGUGGCGCUUUUAAUAAAGAUGGGAGUAUCAACUGAUCAUGAGAUCGUUCUACACAAGUUCUUUAUUACUCACUCUUAAAGAGUGAUGGACUCAUAUAAUUUAUUUGGUGAUGAUGGAAGCGGUAUGUUGGAAGGACUUACUGACCUUGGUGGAGCAGACAGCUUUGCUGGUAGCACAUCAUCUGGAGUAGCCGGAGAAAAUAAAGAUCCACCAGAUAAUAGUUACAGACAGGCUUACAGUCAAAGUAGUGUGGCACAGGAAGGAUCGAUACAAAAACUGGCGUCUUUUGGUAGUGGUAGUGCCCCUGGGCUACCCAGCAGUUCUCAACCGGUACCUAAUUCAGGAUCUGGUCCACCUGCGCCAGAGUACCAUGAUUAUGGGGGCUAUCCAAGACCGCGUCUUCCUCAACCAACCCAUGGACCUCUUCAUCCAUCACAUCAUGUACAUCCAUCGCAUUCUUAUCCGGGUUAUCAUCCUGGACCUGACCCCAUGUAUUCUAUGUCAGAACAAGGUAUUGGUGAAAUGGGAGUUUGGCCCGGAGCUCCUGGAGCCAACAGAUAUUCACCAAUAACUCCUGGCUAUAGACAUUCAUAUGAACAUCAACAAAAAAUGCAUCAAUAUCCUCCUCAACAGAGUUCAAGUCUGGGGCUACAAGCGCAAAACGGAGCAUAUUUACCGAGACAGCCGCAUUUCCCUCAGCCUUCGUCACAACAGAUUUAUGGACAACAGCAGAGUUAUCCUAAUUACACACAAAUGCAUCCACCGACUGCAACUAGAAUCGGUCAACAUCCAACAUAUCAUCAACAAAUGGAUGUGAACGCUCAUCAAUAUGGUUUACCUCAUGGGCAACAGAAUCACCCUGCUAUACCCCAACAUCAGUCACAUCAAAAUAUGGCAAGUCACACUGGUGGCAUUACAUCUGGAAUUCAAAGUCAUCCAAAUGCUCAUUUGCAUCAUUCAGGAGCACCUUCUAUACAUCACGUAUCUCGCCAACCUCCAGUUCCAUCCUCUACUGUUGGCCCAUCACAUGUUGUUUCAUCUCAGAUGCCUUAUGCAUCACCUCAUCAUGCAGUUCCCAUGAAUUAUCAACCUCAUCAGGUCCAACAUCCUCUUGAUGUGAAUGUAACCAAUCAAUACAAUCCCAUUAAGCCACCUGGUUUAGAAACUGGUAGUCCUCAGUAUCGCCCACCGUUCCCACAGUUAUCGCCCCAAAUUUCACCACGCGCUCAAGUGUCUCCACGCCAACAACCACAACCUCAAUUAUCUCCACGACCGUUAAUGUCGCCCGUAAAAGGACCCAGCGCUUCACCGCAUGGACCUCGAAACCUAGUUCAGUCACCAGUUUCUUCUGGUGCUCCACCGGUUUCCGGAUCAUUUACAUCUCAAAAUACACUCCAAGCUUUAGAACAAAUGGUUUUACCAUCUGGUGGAGACUAUCCCUAUCAAAGAACCCCAUCAUCUCCAGCAGUUGGUCAUAUUUCUUCAUCGCCCUCACAAUGGAAUCAAAACAAAUUACCGACACCAAUGAACGUUGGUCAUAUGGAAGGUGAUCAAUCUAUUAAAAAUUUGGAAUCUGUGGCACCGGCAAAUAACUUAAAAUCUGAUUUAGCCAAAAAUACUUCUUCGAUUGUACCAAUAGAACAAAAGUCUAUUGAUAGGUCAUGUCCGGAAAAUGAAAAACAGAUGGAGGCAGUAAACAAAUCACAUACAUUCGUUCCACCAUCAAAUAUGAUAAAUGUUUCAAAAGAAAAUAUAUCAUUAAAUAAUCCAAAUAAUUCUUCAAUGACAUCAUCUACAUUGAACCCGUGUGUUUCUGUCGACGAAACAGCGAAAAGCGAUAGCCAAAUUCAAGGACAUCAACCAGCGGAAACAACUUGUGAACCUAACCUAGGAAAUCCCAAAGAUAUAGAAAAGACUGACGUGCCUGGAGAUUUACCAAGCAGUAAUGAAAAUAAAGAUAUUCAGCUUCAGACGAUGGAUCAACCCACUAAGAAAAUUGGCAAUGAUGAGAUAAGUCACAUGACUUCUUUACCACCUUCUUCAGUGUCAAAUACCAGCUCUGUUGAUAAUAUACAAGCAAGUAGUCCACAAUCUAUUAAUAUACCUAUGAGCCAUGUAUCUAUAAAUCCUACAAAUAAUAAUGCAAAUCAAUUUGAAAGUUCACCAAUUAAUAAUGUGACUAGAAAUCAAGGAUAUCCAAAUAAUACGUUUCAAAGUGUUACAGGAAAUGUUCAGAAUAUUAUGUCUGAACCUAUUUCAGCUAGUAUGGUUACAACUGCAUCAACAAGCCUGCAAAAUAAUCAAAAUCUUAAUGUAACUUCCACAUUUCCCAGUGGACCUCCGACAGGCACACAGACAAUAUCCAAUGGACAAAAUAUUCUUCCAUCUACUCAUACAAUGCAUGGCAAUAUUCCCAACACCGUGUCUUCGAGUAUACCGGGUCACAAUACGCAAGGUAAUUUAACUUGCCUACCGCCUACAUCUGUCAAUAUUAUAGGAAAUAUACAAGCUACUAUACCCAAUUCCCCUACCAAUGUAUCCAAUGUUCAAACAAAUGCUCCUACCAAUGUACCAAAUAUCCAAUUAGGAAUGCCAAUGGGUGUUCAAAAUGUUCAUUCAAAUUUGGGACCAACUAUGCAAAAUCAGCCUAAUAUUGUUUCAAACGUACCUCACAAUAUGAAUCCUAAUUUGAUAAUGAUGGGAUCAAACACUUUGCCACAUCCUGGUAUUCCAAAUAUGUUUGUGGCAUCACAUCACCAAGAGAGAUUAGCCAUUCAACAACAAAUACAAGAGAUAUAUUGUUUGCCUCCGUCUAAUGAGAACCAGGAAAAAGUCAGAUGUCUCCAGGAAAGACUAGCAAUGUUGCAACAACAUGAGACUAAUGAUAAAUGUAGUGGUGGUCCUAAUUGUAUUUUACAAAAUCCUAUUUAUGGCACAAAAAUGGUUGAAAGUCCUCAAGUUACUAGCACGACAGGUCGAGGACGUGGAAAAGGCCCAACGAAACCUAGAAAACCGCGAGUAAAGAAGGAAAAAGUAAUACCUCUAUCUCAACCAUUGGAUCAACUACCCGUGUCAGAGGAUUGUGUAACUGCAGGAACAGGUCUUCAGAGUCAUUUAGAAUUAGAUACUGAGAUGACUGAAGAUAUGUCGAAUUUAGACAGCAGUGCAAUCUCUAUGGAUGAAAUUAAAUUUGGAAAAGUAAAAAAACCGCGCGCACCACGAAAAAAUAAAGAGAGAAAACCAAGGACACCAAAAGUUACUAAAGAACCGGGAGAAAAACAAAUAAAAGAACGAAAGAAGCGCGAGUCUAAAGAUCCUAAUGCACCUAAAAGAAAGCGUAGCGUCAAAAGAGGAACAACAGAAAUCCAAGCAGAUACUACAACGAGUAAUGACUUACUCGAAAAAGAUGUUUCUUUUAACACUAUGAUAGAUUUUAAUGCUGACAAUACUGCAACAAACCUCGAACCCGUUAAAAAUCUUUCACAAAUGUCAUCAUUAGAUGAAUGUAACGUCACAGACUUUGAUGAUAUUCCUGUUUCAAAAAUAGCUAUUAAAGAUUUGCUCGAAGAAGCAGAAGCCAAACGCGAACAAACUGAGAAAGAUGAAGACGUAGAUUUCACUUUUACACAAAAGAAAAAGGCAUCUAAGAAACGAUCAUCUGGCGGAGGAAGCUGUAAAAAAAUGAUAGCCAAAAAAACACCAAGUGGAAAAAGGAAAAGACGAGGCGGAUUGAUACCAGAUUCGGAUGGAGAACCUGAUGAUUUGAUGACUACUCCUCCUCCUUCACCUCCACCUGAAGGCGACGACAGUUUAAAGCGUCGUUCUGCCAGGAAUACGCAGCGCAAGAAAUACACUGACGACGUUAUGUUGCGAUUGUCUGAUGAUGAGUUUACCAUGGCAACCCCGAAAUUAGAAAAAGAAUUGGAAGACUCAAAUCACGAUACCAAAGAUUUUCAACGAUCGGAGACUACUCCAAAACCAAAUUACAUAUAUGUAAAUACAACAGAAGAAGAUUCAAUGAUUGUUCAGCAUGUUCUAGCAUGCCGUAUGGGAAAACGAGAACUUAAACCUGAACCACCUGCAGAUGAACACAAAAAAGAAGAUAAAAUUGAAAAUUUGGAAACUGAAGAAUCAUUACAAGAGAAUAAACAAUUACAUGAUGAAAUAGCCGGACCCAGUAACAGCAACAAUAUUAAAUUGGAAAAUCCAAAUAAUGUCGAAGGAACAGAAAUAGUAGAAAAUAAAGACAAUAAGUUUACCUCUGACGAUGAUGUAAUUGAAAUGAAAAAUAAAAAACCAGUUAUGGUUGAUGUCGAAGAGUAUUUUGUGAAAUAUCGUAAUUUCUCUUAUUUACACUGCGAAUGGAAAACUGAAGAAGAGUUAUAUAAAGGUGAUAAACGAAUAUUUUCUAAAAUCAAACGAUUCAAACAAAAACAAGCUCAACAAUUGAAUAUAUUUGAAUUAUUAGAUGAUGAACCAUUUAACCCUGAUUACGUUGAAGUUGAAAGGAUUUUGGACAUGUCUGAGAAUCAAGAUCCAGCAAACAAUACAGUUGUAAAGCAUUAUUUAGUAAAAUGGAAAAGCUUACAGUAUGAAGAUUGUACUUGGGAGUUAGAAGAAGAUAUCGAUGUAGACAAAAUAAAGCAAUAUAAAAUAUUUAGCGAAAUCCCAUUGAAAGAAAAAUGGAAAUUUAAAAAGCGGCCAUCAGCUGAUAAUUGGGUACAGUUAAAAGAAUCUCCUCUUUACAAGGGUGGAAACACACUAAGGCCUUAUCAACUUGAAGGCUUAAAUUGGUUGUUGUUUUCUUGGCAUAACAAUAGAAAUUGUAUCCUGGCAGAUGAAAUGGGCUUGGGAAAAACGAUUCAAAGUCUUACAUUUGUUAAUUCCGUUUGGGAGUAUGGCAUUAGAGGACCUUUUCUAAUUAUUGCUCCACUUUCGACGAUACCAAAUUGGCAAAGGGAAUUUGAGGCUUGGACUGAGAUGAAUGUAGUGGUUUACCAUGGAUCGCAGCUAAGCAAAAGUAUGAUUCAUGACUAUGAAUUCUAUUAUAAGGAUGCACAAGGCCAACCAAUUAAAGAAAUAACGAAAUUUAAUGUAUUAAUAACAACCUUUGAAAUGAUUGUAACUGAUUUUCAAGAAUUAAAAUUAUUCAACUGGCGGAUUUGCGUUAUAGAUGAAGCACAUAGACUAAAAAAUCGUAAUUGUAAAUUAUUAGAAGGAUUACGUCAGCUUCAUUUAGAACAUAGAGUGCUUUUGUCUGGGACACCUUUACAAAAUAAUGUAAACGAACUUUUUUCGUUACUCAACUUCCUGGAGCCUUCUCAGUUUUCGAGCAGUGAUGCAUUUUUAAAUGAAUUUGGGCAAUUAAAGACGGAAUCUGAAGUGAUUAAAUUACAAGCCUUAUUAAAACCCAUGAUGUUAAGAAGACUGAAAGAAGACGUUGAAAAAACUUUAGCGCCGAAAGAAGAAACAAUAAUUGAAGUAGAACUAACAAACAUUCAAAAAAAAUAUUACCGGGCUAUUUUGGAAAGAAAUUUUAGUUUCUUACAGAAAGGUACAGCAUCUGCUGCCAACAUUCCGAAUUUAAUGAAUACAAUGAUGGAAUUAAGAAAAUGUUGUAUACAUCCAUAUUUACUUAAUGGAGCUGAAGACCAAAUACAAUUUGAUUACAAACAAGCAAAUGGAGAAGACAAAGAAGCCUAUUAUAAAGCACUUAUACAAUCCUCUGGUAAAAUGGUUUUAGUUGACAAAUUGUUACCUAAAUUGAAAGCCGGGGGACAUCGCGUCCUAAUAUUCAGUCAGAUGGUCAGAUGCCUAGACAUUUUGGAAGAUUAUCUUAUGUUUAGGAAAUAUUCUUACGAAAGAAUCGAUGGUCGUAUACGUGGCAAUUUAAGACAAGAAGCUAUUGACAGGUUUUCCAAACCCGAUUCAGAUCGCUUCGUUUUCUUACUGUGUACUAAAGCAGGAGGAUUAGGUAUUAAUUUGACAGCAGCUGAUACUGUCAUAAUAUAUGAUAGUGAUUGGAAUCCGCAGAAUGAUUUGCAAGCUCAAGCGCGAUGUCACCGCAUAGGUCAACAAAAAAUGGUUAAAAUCUACAGGUUGAUUUGUCGCAACACUUAUGAAAGAGAAAUGUUUGAUAAAGCUUCAUUAAAACUGGGUCUGGAUAAAGCAAUUUUACAAAGUAUGAAUACGUCGCAAGGUAAGGAAGCAGGCUUAAAGCAAUUAUCUAAGAAGGAAAUCGAAGACUUAUUAAAAAAAGGUGCCUAUGGAGCUGUAAUGGAUGAAGACAACGCGGGCGACAAAUUUUGCGAAGAAGAUAUAGAAAUGAUAUUGGCUCGCCGAACUCAGGUUAUACAAAUGGAGUCCGAGAAGGGUUCUACAUUUUCAAAAGCUAGUUUUGCAGCAGCUGAUCAAAGAUCUGAUAUUGAUAUAAGAGAUCCUGAUUUUUGGAAUAAGUGGGCAAAGAAAGCUGAAAUCGAUACUACUGAGAAAAAGGAAGACGAAGAUUUAAUAGUAACGGAACCUAGAAAACGUACAAUCAUUAAAAGAUAUGGCCACGAUGAUGGUCCCAUGGAAAUGUCCGAUAUGGAAGUGACACCAGAUUCUGAAGACGACGAAGAAGGUAUAAGCUUAAGAAGCAAAAGGAAGAAAGACAAGCUGGGUAGAAAAGGAAGGAGAUACGCAAGUGAUGAAUAUGUUCCAAGGCAUGAGGGAGUGUCUGUUGAUGAGGAGGUGGUUUACGGAUCAUGGACUAGAUCAGAAUGUUUCAAGAUUGAAAGAGGCUUGCUUACUUUUGGAUGGGCGCGAUGGGAAGAAAUUAUAGAUAAAAACCAGUUUAGGAAAGGUUGGACACUGCCUGUGAUUGAAGACUGUGCUAGAAUUAUUGUAUUAUAUUGUUUACGUCACUAUAAAGGCGACGAAAAGAUAAGAAAUUUCAUAUGGGAUUUGAUAGAGCCCUGUGAAAAUGGUGAAGUUACUAUUUCUAGAAAUCACAGUGGUCUUCAUAACCCCGUACCUCGAGGUAGAAAUGCUAAGAAAAAGAAUCGCCUUAAAGAAGUUCCAAAACUAAACGAUCUUCAAAAAUGGGAAGAUCCGUGUCAUUGGAGUUCUACAGAUAAAUAUGACUGUGAAGCCUACCUGGAAAGUAGUUACAAGAAACAUUUAUUUCGACAUGCCAACAAGGUAUUAUUGAGAGUUCGAAUGAUGUAUUAUAUUAAACAUGAAGUAAUCGGCGACUACGCUUCGCAGAUAGAGAGUGGUGUUCAUGCCAGUUCUUUGGGAAUGCGUGUGCCGCGUGGCGUGGACAGCACGCCGCCGAGACUGUGGUGGGACACUGAAUGCGAUGUUUCCUUGCUCGUUGGAACAUACAUACACGGAUAUGAAAAUUAUCUUGCCAUGCGAUCUGAUCCACAACUCUGCUUUGUGGACAAGUUGGGCCCACCAGACGAUGCCGAAUGUACUGACAUCAAGAGCGAAGAACGCAAAGUGCGCGGAAGUGUUGUGGGAGACGAAGACUGCACGGAUGAGGUGUCGAGCGGCGCGGGAGCCACUUCGCCCGCCGCCUCGCCGCGAGCCUCGCCGCGCCCCGACGCGGACGAGGAGGCGCGCGGCACUCAUCUCUGGCCCUCCAUGCAGGACCUCAACACGCGGCUGCGUCGUCUCAUCACCGCCUAUCAGCGCAACUACAAGCGCGAGGAGCUCAAGAUGCAGCAGCGAGCCAAGAUGGAACGAAGAGAGCGAAUGGACCAACUUGCUCGCGACGAAGUGUCCCAGUGGCGGUGGACCCGAGCCGAUGAAGAAGCGUUCCGUCGGACCGUUGCAUCUUACGGAGUCGAAUUCGACCCGGCCACUAAAAGCUUGCGCUGGAAUCGCUUUAGAUCUUUGGCAAGAUUAGAUUCCAAGAGCGACGACGCACUAACCGAUUAUCUUAAAGCGUUUAUGGCUAUGUGCAAACGACAGUGUGGAUUGUCAGUCGGAGAAGCGGAGCUGCCGACAAGAGUCGAUCUUAAAGCGGAACCUAUCGGCGAGGAAAGAGCAAUAGCAACAUUGGAAAGAAUCGAUUUGCUCCGUGUGUUGCGGGAGGAGGUGGCUCCGCACCCCGCGCUCGAGGCUCGCCUUGCCCUCGCCGAGCGCUCGCUUGACACCCCGCCCUGGUGGCAGCCCGCGCGCCAUGACAAGCUGCUCGUGCUCGGCGUCUGCAAGCAUGGAUUGGGCGAUACAUAUAACAAAAUCUUUUGUGAUCCAAAACUACCAUUUAGUGAUUGUGCUAGAAAAUGGCAAUCAAAAUAUAAAAGUAGUAAAAAAGAUUCCGAAAAGUUAUCUUCAGAUGAGGAAGAGAAGAGUAAUUAUGAGGGAGUUAACGAGACCCGUAUGUCUCUUCGUCGCAGCAAACGCACUUCGAAUGUAUGCGAUCGCGAUACAGAAGAAGACAUGGAUGCCUUAAGUGAGCUUGAAACGUUAGCCAAAUUGGGGCGCGUGGAGGAAUCCUUGUCACCCGAAUUAUGGUUUUCGGAGAGAGCCUUAGAAACAAGGCUACAUCAUAUUGCGCACGCGGUUCAAAAUUGCGAAUGGCCUGGGACAUCGCUUUCUCAUAAAUCCGGUGAAAGUCACCCACAGACAGAGACACAAGACGAGCGCAAGCAGAGCCAGAAACGUCACAUAGCUAUCGAUGUAGAAACCGAGCGCGCCAAACUACACGCUUUACUCUCUUCGCCUCAAGCAGCGCAUACGUCCAGCCGCGAAGUUCAUAGAGGAAGCGGUUCCACUGUCACUGGAGUUAGUUGCGUCACCCACACAGACCGAGAUGAUGCGUCAAGUGACUCGGGUUCUCGACGGUCCACUCCGGCACCACCGCCGGCGCAUCAGCGCAUAGCGCCUUCGCCGGCCCCGAGCGCCACGGCGGCUUCCCCGGCGCCGACCCCCGCCACAACCGUGGCCUCGGCUGCAUCGGCUGCAUCGGCCGCGCCUGUCGACCUGUCGGCACCUCUUGACCUCAGCGAAGCUCAAGACUUCUCCAUGGGCCGGCGCACCCCGCAAACUAGUGAACAGUCUGCUGCUGCUACUCCACCUCGCAGUCGACUUGACGAUACUUUAACUAGACUAAUGAAGAGGAAAAAUGUGCCUGCACCAGAGCAAAUAUUUGGAAAGGAAAAGAAGAGGAAAAAACUAGAUGAAAUUGUACUUGGUUUGUCAGCAGCCAAAAGUCAACAAACUUCAACUCUUGCUUCUACUUCCCCAUUUGAUCCACCGCGUAGUCGAAGCUCAUCGAUACUCCCUGAGGUCACUGUCACACCAGCAGCACCUCCUACUACUGCGAGUACACCACCUUCACAAAAACCUUUUUCUGUGACUGUCACUAAUGUACCAUCGCCUCACGCCUCUUCAAAAGAACUGUCAUCAUUUUUACAACAAUCCCUUGAACAGGGUAAUAAAACUCAAAAACCAGUGACUUCGUCGAUUCCCAUAAAAUCAUACUCACAUGAAGCUAAAGUGAACAAAUGGUUGGCUGAACAGCAAGCGAGUGCUGAUUCCCGCCGACGCGGAGUGCCUCCUCGUCUUGCUCCCGAUGAGCAUGUGCCUGUUAUUCAUCGUGUUACUGGAAAACGAAUAGUUGGCCACAAGGCUCCCCAAUUGAAACAUUUAGCCCAAUGGAUAGCAGAGAACCCAAUGUAUGACAUUGAUUCAAAAUGGACAGAAGGCAUAAAAGAACAUGUAAAGUUACCACAAGAUGUAAGGAACCAAAGACAUUCCCCAAUGCAGUCGACGAGUUCUCUAACCGACCGCAAAAAAGGAAGACCUCCAACCCUGGACACCCCCACAUCCAAUGUUUUAUCAUCAAAUCCACAUUUGAACCAAACUAUGGCUGGUUUAAAUCCUUCACUGUUGGCUAGUCUAUCUAGCUUAAGCGCAUUCGAUCCAAAGACCUUAGCUGCAACUCUAUCCAAUUUAACUGGAUUUGAUCCAAAACUCCUUUCUAGCCUCAGUAGUUUUGACCCAAAGAACAAUCCACUUCUUAAUUCGUUUAAUAGUAUGCCUAAUUUAUUGGGCAAUAUCACAGGAGGCAAUAUUUUCGCAAAUUUGGCUGGUUUAGGCCUUCCUGGAUUUUCUUCUCUUGACAUAAAUGCUCUAAGUGGAUCAAGUACAUCGGGAGAUAAAUCAAAAUCUAGAAAGUCGACAGAAACUAGCAGUGCAUCAACUUCAAAAGCGGCAAACUCUCAAUUUCCCUUUGUAUUCCCUAACCCAAACAUGCUGUAUCCACAACUGGGCUUAAGUGGCUUAUCGCCUUUUGGUGUACAUUCUGGCAUGUCUUCUGCAUAUGACGCCUUAGGACUUUUGAGUAGCAAUUUGGCAGCAAGUUCUAGUGGAACAACAUUGCAUACUUCCAGUCAUAAUUCAAGAACUGGUGCAAAAACGACGACACCCCGAUCAUCUACAGUAGUAACUAACUCUUCAACAUCAAGACAACAAAAAGUGACCGAUCGGCAGCAAUCCAGUCAUCUGCCUCAAAUAUUAUUACCACAAGAUCCCUAUCUCCUGGAGACACUGUCGAAGCAAUCCUUGAAUUACGAUGCUGCGUUGAAAGCAGAAGCUAAGCAGAGAGCUCGCGAUAUCGAUAACAGUGAUAAUACAGCAACUGAUUUGUCUAAAUCGGAUAAAAAGAAAAUCCCUUUUGAUUCAUCGCGACCGUAUGUUCCUCCAGAGUUUGCAGCUGUUCAAGAAAAGCUUUUAAAAGGCGACAAGAAGGAUAUUGAUAUUAGUAAAAUGCUUUUGGAACAAAUGGCUUCAGGUGCUUUAAGUGCAAGUCUGGUUAGUUCUGCGGAAGCUAAGAAAAAUAAAGAUAAUGAGAAAGAUUCGUCUGAUAAAAGUAAGUCUAGUGCAGAUUAUUUAUCUAGACUUGCAAACGAAGAUAGCAUUGCCAAUUUGACACUGGCACAUAAACGAACGCUUGAAGAGAUUCAUAAUGAGCCUGAAAAUUUAGCUUUACAACCAUCUGCUAAAAAAGGAAAAGAAAAUCCGAAUUCAGAAAUAAUUACAAAUAUAGACAAACAAUCUGAUCAUUCUACACAUACUGGGGAAAUGGACCUCGAAGAUUUAAUCGCUCCAUCAACAGUCAUUAAAACUGGACUGAAAGCCAGCGAUUUCGAAAUGAACAAACCGGGCGAUCCCUCGUCGCAAUUAAUGUCAUUGACCAUAGACAAGGAAGAUAAACAAUUUAAGCAUAGCAAUGUAGGCAUGGAUGAAAGCGGCGUGCACGACAGUGAUGAUAUUCUUGACUGCACAAGUAAUGUUACUGACAUUGACAAAAAACUAGAGGUUGGCAAUGAUGAAAACAAUUCCGAACUGUCUUCUAGUGAUAACACAAAAAAAGGAAACAGAAAAAAAGGUCGAAAAUCUUCUGAAGAAAAUUUAACGGCAGGACCACGUCGCGAGUUGCGAUCUAGUGCUGGGCGUUUAUCAACUGACGGAACCUGUCAUUGACUGAAUAUUUAAUUAACAGCUACAUUCAGGGUGUUUCCCAGAAACAACCGACAUUCAUAAUAUGAAAGAGGGCCUAAUUAUUUUGUUAUUUUAAAUGAAUAUUUUAGUUCCGUUACACUUAAUAGUAUUAUUUUGCAUUGCAUAUUUAUAAAUGUAACAGAACUGGGCGAUUAAAAAACAAAAAUGGAUAACGUUUAACAAGAGUUUACGAUCAACUUCAAGAUUUUUUUUUUUCAAUUGAAAUAAAACUUAUAAUUGUUGACUGUGACACAUAACUCGUCACAUUAAAAUUCAAUUCGUGUUACGAGUAAGCUUUACUAAUUUUACUUUUUA